GUCCAGACCGACCUCACUCCCAACAUGAAGGUCCUCCUGCUCUUUGGAUUGGUGGCUGUUGCCCUGUGUGACCACGCUCGCUUCGAGGGCGAGAAGGUCUUCCGUCUGAAGCCCGUGCUUGACGAGCAUGUGACGCUCAUUAAGGAGCUGGCUAAGAGCAUCGAGGUCGACUUCUGGAGGCCCGAGAGCGCCAAGCUGGUGACGAUCGACAUUGAUGUGGACAUCCGCGUGCCUGCCAUCUACCUGGAUAUGGUUUACACCCUCCUGCAGCAGAGUGACAUGGAGCUAGAGGUCCUUAUUGAGGAUCUGCAGUCUGCUGUCGAGGCUGAGGCUGAUCUGAGGCCCUCACCCAGAGCCCACAGCUACACCAAGUACAACAGCUUUGACAAAGUCCAGUCUUGGAUCGCCUCCAUCUCCACCUCCAACUCCGACCUCAUCAGCAAGCAGACGAUCGGAAAAAGCUACGAGGGACGUCCCAUGACUGUUCUCAAGCUCGGGAAGAAGUCCAGCUCCACCAAGCCCGCUAUCUUCAUGGACUGUGGCAUCCACGCCAGAGAGUGGAUCUCUCCUGCCUUCUGCCAGUGGUUUGUCAAGGAGGCUCUAUCCACCUAUGGCAGUGAUUCUCAGAUGACCAGCCUGCUGAACGAGAUGGAUGUCUAUGUCCUGCCUGUCUUUAAUGUUGAUGGCUAUGACUUCACCCACAACAGCAACAGGAUGUGGAGGAAAACUCGUUCCAGGAAAUCUGGAUCCAGCUGCAUUGGAGCCGAUCCCAACAGGAACUUCGACGCUGGCUGGUGCUCAAUGGGAGCCUCAAACAACCCCUGCAGCGACACCUUCUGCGGCUUCUCCCCUGAGUCCGAGAUCGAGGUCCAGAACGUUGCCAACUUCAUCCGCAAGAACAGGUCCGUCUUCAAGGCCUACCUCACCGUCCACUCCUACUCCCAGCUGCUGCUCUUCCCCUACUCCUACUCCUACCAGCUGGCAGCGGACCACAGCGAGCUGAUGAAGGUUGCUGAGGGAGCCUCUGCUGCCCUGCGCAGUCUGUACGGAACCCGCUACACCAGUGGACCUGGUGCCACCACCAUCUACCCUGCUGCUGGAGGCUCCGACGACUGGGCUUACGACCUGGGAGUGAAAUAUUCCUACACCUUCGAGUUGCGUGACACUGGUCGUUAUGGCUUCCUGCUGCCCGAGUCUCAGAUCAAGCCCACAUGUGAGGAGACCAUGCUGGCCGUCAAGUACAUCGCCGCCUACGUGCAGAAGAACCUCUAUUAGGGAGCCGAACUGCCAGGACCCCUGCCAACUCAGCUCCUCUGUACCAGCCCCCAGCCCCAUCCCAGCUCUCAGCCAAUCGCCAGCCCGUAUCCAUGGAUACGGCCACCACCCGCCAUGUUUCCUCGCUGUGCUUGACAGAAUGUCAAGAUGAGUGCAAACAAUAAAAUCAAUGAUCCAUCCCCA